GUGCGGGGUUUCCUCUUUACCAAAACAACCAGACAGCUAUCUCAUGUUGUUACUCGGCUAUUAUAACAAUGUGACAAAAUGAGUUAAACAUGGUUACAAACGUGCUUUUGUGUACGGUCUUCUUAGUCGUGAAGAUCUGUGGAGCUACCGAAACAGAGGAAGGCGACCUGUCGGGGAAAUGGUUGGAAUCUUUCAAGAUGACAAGAGCUGUUUGGAAAAUGGGGUUCCACAGGGAACUCGUUACCACAGUAGAAUGUGGGCCCCACUCCCCGGAAGAACUGCAUGCUUUGCUCGUGCAGAACCUACCCAGAGGAGUAUACGUCGAUCCAUACCAACUAGCGUCACUACAACAGGACGCAGGUUUACAGGUCCUUCUUGACUCUGAAGUUGAUCUGGAAGCUCCAGCUUAUGUGUCAAAUGGUCUGUCCAUGUUUGUGUAUCCCACACGUGACCCGGGACAUCCCAGGAAUCUCCAGGCUGUGGUGCCGAUUCAUGGCCGUUACCACCGACCUUCUUCAGGACCGGGGUGGGAAAGGAUUGAAAUUGAACCCCCGCGGCUGUUUCUGAGAGCCAAUGACUGUGUACCACUCCUGCCAGUUGCUCCACGUGUUCUUAUGGAUGCUCCUUGCAGUGGUCAAAACCUGAGCAUGUGUAAAUGGAUGGAGAUCCAGCUCACCCAGGUACUGCAGGACCAGAGGCACAUCAGUCUGGAUCUCCCAGUUGGUGACCAGUCUUUGGUGGUACUGGUGUGUGCUGGGACCAUGCUGGUGACACUGCUAUGCUGUGUACUCAUUGCAAAUGCCAUCUGGAGGCAUGUCUCUCUGUAGUCUUAAUUCUGUCAGCCUCUCACUUUAAGGGUGAAUGCCACUGCAAAAUGUCCCUGUGGAAAAAAAAACUAGUGUGGUAGUAUUUGGUCUUUCUAAGUAUGCAGUGGUGCCGUUUCCUUAUGCCUGUUGUACAAAAGUCACCCCACACUGCUGGAAGAUAGACCAGUGCUUGAGGCUUGGGGACAUUAUCUGUUGGCUGUUAUUGUUCAUUGGUAUGGCCCAAAGAAGAGAUGACCACUGCAUCCUAAAUUAACAUAAGUUGAAGAGAGAGGUUGAUGAUUUUAUGUGUCGCUGUAAAGAACUUUAUUUUCUCUCUAACUUUUGAAAAAAGGAGCGUAAGUAAUGAUGUUGCUGGCAACACAAACUUUGCUUGUGAGCUCUAAUGAAUGUUUAUAAAAUGAUACUGGGGACAUGCUGUGUUGACUAACACAGCAUCUACUGUAUAAAUGUUUGUUCCUCUCUUUUUGUAAUCAUGGGUUAUUUUGUGUAGUUUAUUUUCAUAUUUUUUAGAAAGAUCAAUAAAUCUUUGAACCAGAAACAA